CACUUGGACAGCACAGCACCCAAACCCAAACACAACCCAACAACAAAUGCCCUCUCCUCAGAAGAAUCCGGACUGUCACUCAACAGCUGGAAUCAAAAUAUAAAUAGACUUUGCCCUUCUUUGUUUUCCUUUUUUUCUUUUAACCAAGGCUUAAGUGCCAAGUCGAUUAUUAUUGUUAAAUAGCUCCUAAUCACUACCAAACCACUUCAUAAAUCAGAGAUUGAGCAUUUUCUUAUGUUCCUUUUAAAACUACCUCAAUAAUAACUUGAAACGAAAACCUCAAAACAACAACGUUCACCAAAGAUCAAAGUCUUCUUAGGGUUUUUUUUCAGUGCCAGAUAAAAUGUGUGUUAUCUUCUUUUAUGUCAAUUCAAAACCUGGACCAAAUGGUAUCAAAUUGAUUGUUGUCUCAAAUCGUGAUGAGUUUUAUUCAAGAGAAACACUACACGCCGAUAGAUGGUCAAAGUUUCCACAUGUUUUUGGAGGAAUUGAUUUACAAACAGGGCGUGAAGGUGGAACUUGGUUAGCUGUGAGUGGAAAGAAUGGUUCCUUUAAACUGGGAGCUUUGCUUAAUGUCACAGGUGAACCUAGGCUAAAGGAUCCUGAAACACCACCAACCACUAAUCUCUUACUAGGCCGCGGAAUGAUUGUGUCUGAUUUUGUUUCCGGGGAUUUAUCUCCUGAGGAAUAUAAUAACCAAAUUUUAGCAGAAGCUGAAAGAUACAACGCAUUUAAUUUUGUUUCCGUUCAAAUAAAUAAAUCAACACCGACAUCCAUAAUGUUGUCUAGCAAUGCACCCAAAGACAUUAAAACUUAUGAAGAACUUAAAUGCUAUGGCUUCGGAAAUAGUCCAGGUGAUUCUCCAUUUCAAAAAGUCAUAGCCGGACGAAAACGUUUUGAGGAAAUUCUUCAAGAAUACCAAACAACUCAGGAUAAUAUCGAUGUAGCACAGAAAGUCCUCGUCGAAAAAUGUUUUAAUCUUCUUAAAGACGAAACAAAACACUGGCCAGACACAGAGCUAGCUGGACGUGCUCCGAAUUGGGGCAAUCAUUUAAGUGCCAUUAAUGUUAAAAUACCCGACGCUGGCUAUGGCAGUAGGACACAUAGUGUUAUAAUUAUUGAUGCUGAGGAUAAAAUGCAUUUUUACGAAGAGACAAUGGAAGGUGAUGAUCCUGCUGGAAAAUGGCAUAGCAAACAUAUUGUGGAACAAUUUUUCAAAGCCGAAAAUGGUAAUAGUAAAAUUUAAACCGAAAUUAUAAAAAAAAACGUUUCCUGGUGCUGCUAAAAUAGUCAAAAAUUAUAAUAUUUUAACAGAAAGUAUUUUUGUAUGCAAACAAUAUAUAUUUAUUUUAUAAAUAAAUAAAAUCCAUUUAAUGUUUCGAAAAAAUACAAUAAUUAUUUUAACAUUUU